GGCAGCGGGAGAGAUGGAUUUGACCAGCAACGCAAACAGUUCUAGCUGAUGCCCAGUCUUCCCUGUAAUGAUGCCGUCACGUACAAAUCUGACUGCUGGGAUUCCCAGUAGCAAAGUUAAAUAUUCCAAGCUCUCCAGCACUGAUGAUGGAUAUAUUGACCUGCAGUUCAAGAAAAGCCCGCCAAAAAUCCCCUACAAGGCAAUUGCAUUGGCUAUCGUGCUCUUCAUGAUUGGGACCUUCCUUAUUAUCAUAGGAGCCCUCCUCUUGGCAGGAUACAUUAGCAAAGGCGGAACAGACCGUGCUAUCCCUGUGCUCAUCAUUGGGAUCCUUGUGUUUCUCCCGGGCUUCUACCACCUGCGCAUUGCAUACUACGCUUCCAAAGGCUACCGGGGCUAUUCCUACGAUGAUAUCCCGGAUUUCGAUGAUUGAACAGUGUAUUUAAUCGCGUUUAUAAUUAGGUUGGCGGUAAGAGCUGUUAGUUACCCUGGAUAUGAGGGGAGCCUGUAAGAUUGUAGAUGAAGUAUAUACCCGGUUUUGAGGUGUUGCAGGUUUUUUAGUUGAGGGGUGAGGGCUUGGAUACAGAAUUGACCAAAAGGAUUGCAACAUUAGGUGGGAAGAACAUGUGAUUUACUGUAUUUUUCCUGUUUUGGUUACAUAAUGCUGGUUGCUUGUAAGAAGUUCUUCUUGGGUAAGGCAAUUCUAGUAAUUUUCCAAAAAUAGAUGAACCAGUUUCAGCAGCAAAGAUACUUGGUUUUUCUAACUGUUUAUAAAACAGUUUAUUUUAGUUUUCAGUGAGAUUGUGGUUAUCAUUGGGUUUACCUUUGCAGACAAACACAAUAGUUAAAUUCUCCUUUUGCACUCUGUCCAUCAGAAAUGCUUCCAAUCUACUUGUCCUGUGCUUGUCUGGAGGAACGAAAGUCAGAUGUGUACAAGAGGGGUGAAAACUGUACUUGCGUGAAACAAAUUACACGUCGUGCAUUUGCUACACAACCCCUCUUGUCAGAUGGACCAAGCUGAUUUACUCAAAUGCAUUCUUCAGAAGCAAUCUGUUUCCCAUGCCACUGUUACUUCGGGCAAAAUCUGCUUAUCCUUUAAAAGGACUGUUGUUGGAUUUUGCUUAUUUUAAACAAACCGAAUGGAUAUGGGGAGAAGAAUUGGAAUCUGGACCAGAACUCAAGUGUCUAAAUACCAAAAACCUUGGUUUUGACUAGUGUGGAUAUUGGAGACACUUGAAUUCCAGCUCUCUGUAUAUAUGUUUGGAAUCAUUUUGUCCUUCUGCAUAACUCCCUAAACCAGUAAAAAGAAAAUCUCUGUAUAAUUUGUACUGAAUAAAUCCUGGUUGUAUUGUUUUGCUAGCUUCAGUGGUAUGUUAUUCAGGGAAAACAGAUUGGUAGCUCUAUUUUAUGUAAAGUAAAAAAUGUCUGUCUCCUGAAGUGGGAAUGAACUCAAUGUCCUGGAGAACAAGUAGUGACAAGUAGUGAUGCAAGUAGAUGUAUUUAAUAUGA